AUGGAUUCCCCAUCGACCCCAUCUCGCUCACGAUAUUCAGAUUUACCCAAGCUAGACAGUGCGGAAGGAGCUAUCGAUUGGGCUCGCAAGGUCAGGGCUCUCCAGCAGCAAGUUGAUGCUGACGAAGAAGCUGAGUACAAGCGGCUCCAAGAAGAAAUUGCUGCUUCCCGGAUUGCUAGAAAGCGUCGCAGUAGGGGAGGAUUCGUGUCCCCUACCAGUGCUGAGUUUGCUAGUAGCCGAGAAUCACUUUCCGGAGUUUCGCAAAAGUCCUCAACUUCUGACCUUAAAUCCAUUGCUGACCGGCAACAAAGUCAAGCAGAGGCUUUCCAUAGACUAACCGGAACCUCGAGUUCGAGUUCGCCUUCGAAUUCAGAUAUCAAGGGCUCUAUUGCCACUGCACGAGCAUGGAUGACAUCCAAUUCUUCGAAUGCAACGGCAUCCAAACCUUCUGGGCCUAUUUCCCUUGCGGCAUUCAUGGGUGGUCGUGCAGCCGGUCCUAUUCUCAACAAGCAUGCCCCUCAGCAGGAUGCUCAUGAUCCAACUCAGUUUGAAGACCGUGGACGAAUCACAGCUCCUCAUCCUGUAUUCGGAAGAGGGGGUGUUGCCAUGCCUGGACUGACUGCAUCCAGUCGAUUUCCUCUUCGGGACGAGAUUGGCAGCUUGCCGUCUGUGGUUUCGCCCAAAUAUGGCAGUGAUCGUGCACCUACUGCUUCUCUUGCACCUCUAGAGAGAACUGUAACGCCUGCCAACAACGGAAUUCCAGAAAGUUCCCCUUCUACAACUGCUCCGCUUGUGAUCAGACCGCGUUCUGCAUCUCCAACGAAGAUAUUUGAUGAAAGACCCGUGCCACUUCAGAAGACUGGAGGUCGAGACAGGACGAUUAGCAUUCCAAGCGUGUCUUCCUAUCUAUCAGAGUCUGGUGUCUUAAGCCGUUCUUCCCUGUCAGAAAAGAAUGGCCCACGUGAACGAACGCUGAGCAGCUCCCCGUCCGAGUCCCCUCCUGUCAGCGCGAAGUUUCCUGUUGUCAAAACGAGUCAAGAGAGGCCUGUCUCUACCACAAAUACGGGACCUCGAGAUCGUACAAUCAGCACACCGACCGGGAAUUCCAGGGUGACAUUCACUGUAUCGGAUUCCACCACAAGUGAUAAUCUUCCUUCCCUAAGACGCCCUAUUUCUACGAGUUUCACUCCGCCUAAACCCCCCAUUCAAGCUACAUCUCUUUCUAAAUCACCUCCUCAUAAAUCUCCCGUCUCCAUCCCCUCUUUAGCAAAACCUAUUCGCCCAGAUCCUAAGCCUUCUCCUCAGACAUCCCAUAUACCGGUGUCGCCUAAUACUUCGCCAGCAUUUUUGAAACCGCCUGUGCAGAAGGAACCCACACCUAGUAUCAGUCGACUGCAGGGAAGAGGAUUUGUACAGAAUAUGGUCAAAGCUAGUCAUACGUUUGAAACUCCGUCAUCUUCUACUCAGACGACACCAGAUCGGCCUGUAUCCGCCUCCCGCAAAGCGACAGUACUGGAAAGGUGGCAUCACAAUGGGUCUCCUAGUCCUGUGCCUGCAUCUUCUCCUCCAGUCACUUCACCUAAACCCCUUGCCAUGCGUAAAUCGUUCACGUUGGAACCGAACUCGUCGCUCAAGGCCACGGCUACAGGGCCUUCCGUUACCCCGAAACCUGUAAAAACUUUACCUCUCACGACCAAAGUGGACAGCGAGCCUAUUCGUCCAAGGCGAGAUUCACCACCCAUGCUUAAUUCUCAGGGUACAGGCCUGGGCUCGGCAACUACUCUGGUUGUGUUCAAACCACCUGCAGAUGAAGAGGAGGUGGGAUCUUUUGGAGCUGUUAGUGAACUGGGCGUCAAGCACAGUGCUGCUCAGCAGAAGCUUCCAGUGGUUGCUGGAAAGCCCUUGACUCACCCAACUAAAGAACGAGCUCGCAAGCCAAAGAAGUCGCAAAGACAGAGCACUGCCCCAGUUUCCUCUGAUACGGGGCCUCCUAUUUCUGUAACUCAGCAAAUGGUUAAGCCUGCACAUUCCCCAGUCGUAUCGUUUGAGUCUGAGUCUCCAACUCGUUUUGAGCCCCUUAGACCGACACCAGUUUCUAGAACCUCGGGUGGGCCAGGAAAACUUGGGAGAGUUGCAGAUCGUUGGGCUGAGCAGGCAAUCAUUGGGGUGCGGCCUGUAGCAUCACGUUCGCCGUCCACAGAAUCUGAGAUUCCCAAGAUCAGCGGUAUGGUUGGGCGAAGAGCUCUUCCGGGACUAGCAGCUACACCUACUAUUUUGCCUAGUAAGCUACCUGGUGGUCCACCUUCUCCCAUCAAGCCUUUCUCAAUUCCUCGUACAGAGUCAUCUGAGAAGAGCCCUGUAUCACCCAGUCUAGCUUCCAAAUAUCCAUCUGAACCGACAAGACCCACGACCCCCAGCCGACACUCUCGCAUUCCGAGCACUGGAAACAGAGCGACUGUUAUGGAUGUUGCUCAAGCUUUUACGGAACCCCAAAAACAAACGGAACCCGAAAAGGCUUCCCCAGAAGUUAUCGAAGCGCCUGCAUCGCUACCGCCGUUGAACCCCAAUUUCCGCCAAAACAUCAAUCCGCCUGCAUUAUCAGAAAGGCGUCGUUCCAGCUACCAGGAAAAGUAUUCCGCCAUCGUCUUGCCUCCUCUACGCGAGGAAGUGACACCUACUCCGACGCCUGUGAGUACUGUUGCUCGAGGUUCCUCCCCGGCUGCCGAACAUACAAUACCAAGUUCAAUAGACCAAGUCUUACAAGGAACAUUGAAUCAAAUAGAACAGACAGCGGCCACGAACUCUGACGUAGUUCACAUAAAUCACGAUGAUCCGCCUUUACCCAGUAUUGACAUCGACGCCUUGUUAAAAUCACACCAGCUUUCCGAAUCAAACAGCGACCUUGCCACAGUAUCCGUGGAAGUGAUGAUUAUUUCUGGCAACAACGCAGCCGUUCUUUCUCGGGAGACUGAUAUUUUUUAUGACGCUGAAGUUUUAGCCAUUGUGCAUCGCUCAAAAUCCAAGUCGAGUGGGUUGGUUUCUACCACAAUCUGGGGUUGGCUUGGAAAGAAUUGCGAGGCUGGUGACCUAGAACAAAACAAGUUGGAAGAACUUUCUAAACGUUAUGGGACAAACGUGAUCCUUGUCAAACAAUAUACCGAGCCUUCAGAGAUGCUUCUGGUACUAGGGAAUCAUUUGGCUGUGAGACAGGGCAAGCGCGCGCACUGGUCUGCCGAUAACACUGCGAUGCACGUCACUCGCUCUAGGAGGGGUGUCAUCUUCAUCGACGAACUCGACCUUACUAUCCGAAACCUCUGCUCGGGCUUCAGUUAUUGUCUCACAGUCCUUGAAACGAUAUACGUUUGGUAUGGUCGCGGAUCUGUUGCGUCUGAACGCAAGGCCGCAUUAGCUUAUGGCCGCUCGCUUGGUGAAAAUAUCGUUGAACUUCAAGAAGGCCAGAAUGACGGAGACGAAAUGUUCUGGAUGAUUCUUGGGGAAGAGGCCUUUGCAAAUGCUAAUUACUGGCAGUGGCGUCCCUCGGCUGCUGAUAUCAACCCCCGGGUGUUGGAAGUUUCAGAGCAAACGGUCAAGCCUGUGGAUUUCUUGCAAAAUAUAUCAACAAUGGUCCAUCUAGUCGAUUGUGUUUGGGAGUAUUUCAUCAUUGUAGGCAGCGAAGCCCGCACCCAAAGACAAAAUAUCAGAAUUGCCCUUUAUGUUGCUUCAGAACUCGUUCGAAGAGUUGGUUGGCAAAGGCCGUAUAUCCCUCCUAUUCAUGUCGUGAUCCUACCCUCCCAGAUACCCCUAGAUUUCAAAAUUCACUUGCGUGAAAUUGACGAGUCUUCACUGGGCGUUCCUGAGCAUAUGAAUCUCCUUACAUUCGAGGAGGCACAUGAUCAUUUACUACGACGCACAUUCUGGGAAUAA